AUGUGGGCUCGGGGAGGGCCCUCGUGGGAUCUGUACGUUCUGGCUCUGCUGGAGCUCCAGAGCGUCGACGAGGAUGAUGUGCUGUCUUACUUCCAGCUCAUGGGUAUACACGGCCUCCCUUUUCAGGGAUGGAGUGACGUUGGACAGGUUCCUGGUGGUUCAAACCUCGCUGGAUUCUGUCCCCAUAAUCAUUUAUUAUUCGGGCUCUGGCACCGCCCGUUUAUCGCCCUUUACGAACAAACUCUGGUGUCCCACGCCAUCCAGAUCUCUCAGAGGUACAAAGGCGACAAUGCCUCGGCAUACCUGGCUGCGGCAGAAUCUUUGCGGGUUGCAUAUUGGGAUUGGGCUACAGACGCUUCAAUUCCAGAUAUCAUAACCCAUGAGAGAAUCAGCGUGAACACCCCAACAGGGCCCAAGACUGUUCAGAACCCUUUCAACAGCUACUGGUUCCAGAACUACCCCUUCACCUUCCGGUACAUGACCGCGGGGGUUCUGUCUGAGCAGAGCCGCACGACCCGCUGCCCUACACAGAGCAUGAAUGAUGAUUACGCCAUGGUGAAUAUUGGCCUCAAGUCCUCAAACUUCAAAGCCCAGGUGUACAACACAUUCACGACAGUCACCUCCUUCGAGAACAUGGAGACGGACCGCUACACAGCAACGAGCUUCGAGAGCCCCCACAACAACGUGCACAACUCGGUGGGGUGCAACAACGGCACCAUGUACGACCUGAACUGGUCGGCCUUCGACCCGGCCUUCAUGCUCCACCACGUCAACGUCGACCGCCUCAUCGCGCUGUGGCAGGCCAUCUACCCCAACUCGAGCAUCUUCACCGUCGUCGACUACUCCGACGCCCUGUACGGCCUGCGCGCGGGCAACGUCAGCGCCGACACCCCGCUCAAGCCCUUCCACAUCCCGGACGGCUGGCCGGACGGCGCAGAGGGGUUCCACACCAGCCGCUCCGUGCGCGACGUCGCCGUGCUGGGGUACACGUACCCGGAGCUUCAGACAGGGGGUGAGAGAGACAACGGGACGACGGCCGCCCCGCCGCCGAGCUCGGACGAGCUCGCCGAGCACGUCCGCUUCGAGGUCAACGCGCUCUACAGCAACCAGCCGAUGACGGCGAGCAACGCGUCCGAGGCGCGGCGCAUGCGCCUCGCGCGCCGUGGUGGUGACGACGACGCCGCCGCCGCCGCCGCCGCCGGAGGGUCAUCCCCGCAGGUGCUGCGCCGGCCCGCGGCGAGCCGCAAGACGUGGUCCGUGGCCAUCAGCGUCGACAGGGCCGAGGUGCCGCUGCCCGCCGUCAUCGGGUGCUACCUGGUGGUGGGCGAUGAUGGUGGUGGUGUUGACGGGGGCGCGGGGAGGGAGCAGGCCGGGCGCAUGUCGCUGCUUGGGAUCCCGGCCGUGGGGGUCACGCACUCGACGAUCCCGCUGGACAGGGCGCUCGGCGCGUUGGUGGGCGGGGCUGAGGGUGGUGGUGGUGUUGAUCUUGAUGAUGCCGAGGGGGUGGCUUUGCUCCUGAACCGCACCUUGAGGUUUGAGGUGCUCAGGGGCGACGGAACGCCCGUCGAGGACCUGGCCUCGAUCCCGAGCCUGCAGUUUAUCGUGCAGGACCGCGACUACACGCCGCGCGAGAGUGAUGUUGAUUUCCCCACCUAUGGAGCUGCCGAGACCCGGAAGAUGGUCAAGGCUCAUGGGCGCUGGUCGUUGCCGGCUUGAUGGGUACGUGUGUGGUGGGACAAGUUGGUGUGUAUGCGUACUGUUCUAAGACAUGGGGGAUUGGUGGUGGGUCUUGGAAGAGUGCAAGUUGCUGGGUUGGGCCACCGAAACUCGUGUUCAGCGUUUUCAGACGAUUGAUUCAAAAUGCAUCUUAAAGUAGAGAGAGGUCAGGUUUCAGCCACUUGCAUGACCAAAA